AAAAUAAUUUGCAUUAAUAUAUUUUAAUUGCAGUAAAAUGAAAGAAAAAAAAACAUUUGGGGAACCAAUGAAUCUGUAAUAAAAGAAGACAUUUGUAAAGAAGAAGCAUUCGAGGUCUGAGUUUACAUGUUGAGAAACAGCGACCCCGCGUGGUCCCGCGCGCUGAACGGCACGCGCUCGGUCGAAGUCAGUUGGUGAGGAAAAAUGGUGGCCAGCGCUCGAGUGCAAAAGCUGCUCCGACGAUACAAACUAGCGAUUGCAGCCGCACUAACUAUCCUCCUCAUCCAAGGGCUGGUGGUAUGGAGUCUAAGAAGUUUAGAAGAAGGAGAAGCAGAGAGGAAGACGAGACGAUCUAAACUGCCUGACCACAACAGCCAAGAUGCUAAAAAAGGCAGCUUGUUGUGGGAGAAGUCAAAUUCUCUGUCUGGGAGGAGCAAAGGUAGAUGGAGCACCAGGUUUGAACGGACUGGGGGCACAGCUGCAAGCACGCAAAGAAAAGGGAACAGCGGUCGAGGGGGAAAACUUAGACAGAAAACCCCCCAGGAGCGGGAAAUGACAGCAGCUGGACUGGAUGGCGUAGUUCUUCACGAUCUGUCCAGCAGCCGCAACCUCAGCGACAGCCACGGCGGCAUCGACGCCGGAGGGAAGUUUCCAGCUGCUGUCUUGCCAGGGGAGCCGGGCAGCGUGGACGGCGCGCAUCAAGCCCCAAGCAAUGACUUUGUGCCUAAAUGCGACAUCACAGGCAAAGAUGCUCUGUCGGCUCUACACCGCGCCGAGUCGCAGCGAUGCAGACAGGAGAUCGCCAACAUCGUGUGCCAGCAUCAAGCUGGGAAGCUAAUGCCACACGGGUUCCCUCAGUUCUGCCCCCAUCCAGGGUUUUCACAGCCAGUCGAGGCUGCAGGUGAGGAAGACUUCAGCAUAGCUAAAGUGAAGAACCCUGUCAGGGUGGCGUUUGUCCUGAUGGUGCACGGCCGAGCUGUUCGACAACUCAAGCGACUCAUUAAAGCCAUAUACCAUAGAGACCACUUCUUCUACAUCCAUGUGGACAAGCGUUGUAGCUACAUGCACCGGGAAGUCCUGCAGAUGGCAAAGCACUACCCAAAUAUACGAGCCACACCCUGGCGGAUGGUCACCAUCUGGGGAGGAGCCAGUCUUCUGAAGGCCUACCUACGGAGCAUGCAGGACCUGCUUUCCAUGGCUGAGUGGAAGUGGGACUUCUUCAUCAAUCUCAGUGCAACAGACUUCCCAACUAGGACAAACGAUGAACUGGUGGCUUUCCUGUCGCAGCACAGAGACAAGAACUUCUUAAAAUCCCACGGGAGGGAGAACACCAGGUUUAUUAAGAAACAGGGCCUUGAUCGGCUCUUCCACGAAUGCGACAACCACAUGUGGCGUCUUGGCGAGCGCAGCAUCCCAAAAGGCCUGGAGGUCUCUGGCGGCUCCGACUGGUUUGCUCUCACCCGCCACUUUGUGGAGUACGUCAUCAACUCCCAGGACGAGCUGGUGCUGGGGCUGAAGCAGUUCUAUUCCUACGCUCUGCUCCCCGCCGAGUCUUUCUUCCACACAGUGCUUGGGAACAGUCACAUGUGUGACACCCUGGUGGACAACAACCUGCGCGUCACCAACUGGAACCGGAAGCUGGGCUGUAAGUGCCAGUAUAAACACAUAGUGGACUGGUGCGGCUGCUCCCCCAAUGACUUCAAACCUCAGGACCUCAUUCGGAUUCAGCAACUGAGUCGUCCGACUUUCUUCGCUCGAAAAUUCGAGUCAACUGUAAACCAGGAGGCCAUAGAAAUCCUGGACACUCACCUGUAUGGGCAGUAUGCUCCAGGAACCGCCGCCAUCAAGGCGUACUGGGAGAGCGUGUUCGAGCAGCUAGAUGGCGUGGGCUCCCUCAGCGAUGUGGCUCUCACCGCCUACACUUCUUUCAUUCGUUUGGGCCUGAAGAGCCUGACGAGUUCUCAAAGCAACGCGGAAGCCUGCAGGUUGGAACAUGUCGGGUACCCUUUGUCUGUACAUUUGUACUUUUAUGAUGACCACUUCCAAGGGUACCUGGUUCGCCAGGAAGUGCAGACUGUGGGGUCAAAGGAGAGAGAGACCCUGGAGGUCUGGGCUAUGCCUCAAACCAAGCUCACCUUUGAGCUCCACCUCAGAGACUUUGAAAGACUCAAGAACCUGGAGGUUGGAACAGAGUGGGAUCCCAAAGAAAGGAUCUUCCGUAAUUUUGGCGGCGUGGUGGGACCUUUAGACGAGCCCCUCGCAGUGCAGAAGUGGGCGCGCGGUCAGAACCUCACGGCCACCAUAGUUUGGAUCGACCCAGCUCUGGUGGUGGCCGCCUCCUACGACAUUAACGUGGAUGCAGAUGCAGAGUACACGCACUACAAACCGCCGCUGCAGCACCCCCUGCGGCCCGGCACGUGGACGGUUCAGCUGCUGAAGCAAUGGCAGCGCGUGGCCGAAGUGAACUUCCUCGUCAUGCCGUUAACGUUUAACAAUAAAGAACCGCUACGAAGAGAGGAGGACAGCUGGUUUCAUUCAGGGCCUCCGGGUAACUUGUACUUGGAUCACAGCCUCCAGCAGCUGAGCUCUGUGCUGAAGCUGCCCCCCCAGGAGCCCGCCAUGCAGGCGGCCCUGCGCAACGCUCAGUUAGUGGGCCAGCCCCUACAAGAGUGGGUGGACAGGCAAGUGGAGAGCUUCUGGGUAAUAGGGAGCAUGUGCAGUGCACGGACAUCCUCCUGCCCCGCGUUGGGGUCUUGCUCCAAAACCACAUGGAGCUCCUACUCACCUGACCCGAAGUCUGACCUGGGGCCGAUCAAAAGUGACGGACGGAUCAGGUAGCCUCACGGCAAAGCGCAGGAGGACUGUCGGACAGCAGCGCUGACACUUUCCAGAAACUCGAUAAUAUUGAGAUGAGCGUGGAGCUCGAAGGAACCUCAGCAGGAGUCCCAGCUCUCAGGGAGGGGCUGGACGAGCGUUAGGACUGCAGAAAAUUUGCACACAGAACAUUUCAACCCCAAAAAAAACUGUAUCUUUUUUUUUUUCUAAAAAGGAAAAAAAUGGGUACACAAAUGUCAGAUGUUUAGCUGUUUGGCUGGUCUUCAUUCACACAACUUUAAUAAUCGUCUGGUAGGAGUCACCUGCACAGGUCUGUUCUGAGUGAACUGUGCAAGGUAGUUUUUAAAAAGCCAACGACAGACUGUAACGCUGUGUGCUCGAUCUUCAUUUCAAGGGAGAGAGGAGCCUUUUAAUCCUAUUGUGCUUAUUUUAAAGCAUUACGUAAGCAUACGGAACAGAUGUGAAGUGCACUUUAUUUAAGAUUAUGAUAUUACGAAGAGGUCACUUGGUUUCAGUGCAACAAAGUGGAACGACGAGAAUCAAGGUCACACCUUUUUUAUUUUUCUUGGAGCAGACUCGCACAGCCUCCUACUCUUGCACAGACAGAUCAUGGAACAAUUUUAGAACAAAACGUUGUUUCUUCUUCAUUUCCUCAUACUUGGUGUAUGUGGGGAAGUUUACAGCUAGUCGAAGGUUUGUUUCUCACUUGAGCCAGAAUAACUGCUCUGGUUUUCUUGGAGCUAAGAUUGUAUGUCGAUUCUGCUCACAGGUUUCAAACUUUACGCCAUGACAGUCACAAUCAUAGGAUAUCAAAUGUAAACAUGCGUUCAAGCUUUCUCUUUAAAAACCCACUCCAAUUGGGUUUUUUAAGCUAUUUUAAAAGCAUUCCCAGUCUUUUUUUUUUUGUUUUGUUUUAAUUAUGGUUAUACAAUUUUUAGUCAAAAUCUAAAAACCAGUGUUCUUUCUUGAGGACAUAGUUUCUGCAGAGCGGAAGCUGUUGCUGAGAGCUCUGAUCAGGGAGCUUGUGCAGAGUAUUUUCAUGUCACAAAUAGACAUUUUUUUCAUCUGCUCCUGAUUCACAUGAAUUUAUAUAAAGAAAUACUUGAUUUAUGUGUAUUUUUUCUCUUUAUAUGUCCUCCGUCAUCAGAAAAAAGCCACAAAAACAUGUUUUAAACACAGUUUUCAUCGGAGUGGGUCUUUAAUACAUUGGAACUAUCAUUUGAGUGUUUUAUUUCAAUGGCAGAAUUGUUACACCUGUGUAUUUUUUUCAAGGUUGGUUCUGGUUUUUGCCCCCAAAUUGCUAAAUUGUUUACUUGUCAGAGGUCUCUAAGCUGCCUUCACUUUAUUGAGUUCAAAAGUGUUUACUUCAAGAAAUGUUUCUGAAUUCGUCUUGAUCCCCUGUUGAUGUUCUACCAGCUUUUGCUCAGAAGUCUUAAGUUGAAGUUUCAAAGUCUUGAAGUGACCUUGUUUACCUUGCACAGUACGUUUGCUUCAGUGAAGCCCUGGUUCGGUCAUGAGGGAGCACAGUCAUAGUCGUUGAGAUGUUUUGUUUCAGAGAAGUUCUAUGUGUUUCGUCUGCACGGUCAGCUGGUUCGGCAUCACUGGAAGCUUCUGUCUUCUGCGGGUGGGAGGUUGAGUUUUCUGUCCGUGUUGUUGUGAUAGGCAGCAGCCGUCUGGAGUGUGAGUCAUAACCGGCUCUGGCUGUUCUCAUGGUGCACAGCCGGAGUUUUCUACAGAGUGGCUCACAGCAGAGUCAUACUGAAUGAUGAACAAAUAAAUACACUUAGAAAAUGUG